UCACAGCCACUGGAAAAAAGGACAGAAGAGCAGCUACAGCAGAGAAGCCCCAUGUACCGUGAAAGGUGCCCUGUGGCAUUGCCGAGAAUCCUAUAAACUGGAGCGAGUAUAUAACUGGGUGACAAGAAUGGGUCUAGUCAGAAAGAGGCCACGAGAGGACAACGAGGAAGACAAUCAACAUGCUCCGCAUUCCAAGAGGAAUAAGAAGGACCAGGCAUUCCAGGGCUCUGGCACUGUAGAGUCGUCAAGCAGUGGUAAUGCAAGGAACCACAGUGUCACUAAUACUGCCCGUCAAGAACAUAUGACGGAGAACUGCUUAAACCAGAACGUGCCUGAAGUUAACUACAAUGUCACUGAGUUCUCACAGGAGCAGUUUGCAGUGUAUGAAGAACAAGGUCCUUACUCCCAUAUUAACCAGAUAUUGAAGGAGGCCCAUUUCUACAGCCUACAGCAGAGAGGACAAUCUCCGAUAUGAUGGCCUAGGCACUCCUAAUUCUUUGUUUAUAAAAAGCAAUGGCAUC